AUGAAGUCUUGGUUAUCAGAAAGUUAUUUCCGGCGCUCCAAGCCUGCUUGCCAAGUGCAGGAUGCCGUGAAGCUUCGUGUGGAAGAGGCCAUGCAGAAAUUGACGGAGGAGAAUUUCAUCCUUGCAAGCCGCCUUCUUCAGCAUGGAAUGCUGCUGGCUGUGAUCAUGUACGCUUGCAUGGGGGCGCCCUGCUUUACCGUCCUGUGCUUUGGUUUUUACGCUGCUUUCAUGCUUAUUGCAAAGGGAUACGUUCACAUGACCGCAGCCAGAGUCAAGCUGUACAUCCUUUUCAACUAUGUGACAUUCGUUCCCGUCAUGUUUGCCGGCGACAUUUUUGCAGCUUUAGGGAGCCGAGCGGUGCUUGAUGAGAUUGUUAUGGCAUACAGAUUUGUGCUGGUGGUCCAAUGCGUGGACAGCAACUUACACGUGCCGUGUCAGUUCGCAGUGUCGCUCUGCGAGGUUGCGUUUUACUUGCAGACGCGUGAAUGGGGUGAGGCCGCGGUGCCGUACAUCUUCGGACAAGCGUUCACGGCUGCAAUGACAAGCACCCUCAGUGCUGUACUGGAGUAUUAUCUCCGACAGCGGCUUGUGGCGCAAUUCAGGACGUCAGAUGCGGAAUCUAUCACGUCUGGUUUUCGCCGGAUGCUGCGAGGAGUUUGUGAUGGCGAGGUCUUGCUCAACAGCAAUUUAUCAAUUCAAGGUAGCAGCCAUUGCCUGAACCGUCUCCUGUCGACUCACGAGGAGUUGCACGGAAGGCGGUUCCAGGACUUGCUCCUGCAAGACGAGCAGGAGCAACGUCGUUUCCAAGACUUCAUUACGAGGUCAGUCUCAGAAGACACGCCUGGCUGUCUGCGAGUAUCCUUGUCCCAGACCUCCGCCACCCGGAUUGGCGUGGACCUGUAUCACGUGGCGCUUCCACAUCUUUAUGGGUCUGACGAGAUUUACCACCUGCUAGCAUUCAAAGAAGACGCGGUGCAACCUCUUCCUGAGGUGACCCACAAUCUUCCAGAGCACCUGCUUCCUGGUUCAUCCAAUUUCUUACGGUCAGUGAGCCAUGGUGCUGGUUCCAAGAGACGCUCAGCAGCUUCUGCUGCGUCCGAGGAGAUUCCUGGCGCUUUGUGGAGCAGCCUCCGUCAGAUCUCAGACAUCGUUCUUCUGAUUGAUCCGACCACAUCGCAGAAAGAGAUCAGGCAGGCGCACCUGAACUUCAAGCGCGAAAGGAGAUCGAACGAGGAGGACAUCCCCAGCUUGCGCAGGCUUGCACGACCCACAGACUGGGAGUCAAUUCGUGCGGCCGUGUCCAAGUACGCGCACAAGGCGGGUCAAUCCUCGGUGGAUCCAAAGUUUCUUCCGCCCAUGUGGAUCAGAAGACUUGACAAGCCCAACAAGUACAUGCUCGCUCGGCAGCCGAAACUCUAUUUCUCCGGCACACAUGGCAGCACUGGCAACGACAGAAGCAAGGCAUCAAGGUUGUGGCUGGCCCUAUCCGGCCUUUCGUUGGCUGAAAAGACGCACGAGGCCGCACCUUCCGAGCUGCAUAGCAUUGGCGAGCACAGUGAGAUGAGUGAGUCUGACGCAUAG